AUAUCGGAAAAUUGGAAAUUGAUUUGUAUUGAAAGUAUUGGAGUGGGUAAUUCGUUGGCCAUGCGGAGUGUGUGUGUGUAUAUAUACAAGAUAUUGUGCGAAAGCGGCGUAAAUCUAUAAAAUCUCGACUGUUGUAAACGUUAAACAACUUGAGUCGUUCGCAUACCAUAGUAGAUAAAUGUAGGCAGGUUGUAUAUAUAUACUAUGUUUUUACUACGAACGUGAAUAAGAUAACGAGAGGAGAGAGGGAAAACAAACAUUUUUCUACAGUAUUCUUUCAUUUACGAUCUUGAACUUUUUUCCUGCGCGUGUUCAUGUAUAGAAGCCAGAAAGAACUGCAUCAUUUAUAAUGACUGAAAAACUUUAGUUUGCAGGAUUAAAUCAACGCGUUUUAUCUGGAUUUUAAAGUCGUGAACUCUAUAAAUUAUUGGCCAAGGACAACUGGCCCUCUAUUUUUAGGACUCAUCUGUCUUUAUUUUGACGUGAAUUGCUACAUUAAAUACGCCGAGUAGGCAAGUUGAAAAGAUAUAUGCUUUAGACUUUUAAGUCUACUUAUUUUUAGCCUUUCGUAUAUUUAAAAUGUGAUAAAUAGAAUUUUGUUAACGGAUUAAUAUAUCGAUAAGAGUUCACAGGGCUAAAAAUAACAGGGCUAAAAAUAAACAAACUGGUAAGCAAAACAGAAAAGUGAAUGAUAAAUUGGACAGCUGGAAUUAAGGUUGCAGGUUUUCCAUACCGUACCUAUGUUUAAGUUCGAUAUUUCAUACGCCCGAAUCGUCCUUCUAGGUGUGUUACUAUUCGGGUGUGUGGAAGUAGAGGCGGGACGCAAGGAUUCAAAGGCCGUUGAUAUUUCAAGCAUUUCAAAUACUACCUCAGGUGAUGUCUCUAAAAAUAGUGUGCGGGUAGAUCAAAAACCACCAAGUAUUUUAUCUAAAAUUUAUACAGAAUGGUCAUCGUGGGGUACCUGCUCAAAGGGGUGUCAACAAUCGAGGAAACGACGCUGCAAAAAGGAUUCACAGUGUGGAAAAAGUUAUAUAAAAGAAAAAAGAAAAUGCAAGUCAAAAGGAAAGUGUUCAAAACGGUCGAAAAGAAAGUAUGUGAAAUUAUUAGGUCUUAGAAAAAGUGAUAAAUUAGUAAAACAAAUUUUAUAUAAAAUUUUAUAUAGUGCAUGGACGCCAUGGACAGUUUGUUCUCGUAGCUGUAAAAAGCAACGAUACCGCAAGUGUAUUCAGCCGGCCAUGUGUGGCGCAAGUUUCAUCCAAGAAGAAAGACAAUGCAAGAGGUCAAGUUUAGUCUGUAGAAAGCAGUAUAUUUUAAGAACGUUUGUACCUGUGGAUGACGAUACAGAUGACAUGGAUGAAGUGAGGAAAAUUCAGAACAUAACUAAAACAUUCAUCUCAAAUUCGACCAGUGAUAAAUUUGGACCAAAAGAUAGUGACGGGAAAAUGAAAUCCAACUCGCCGAUAUUAAAAAAUUUGACGAUGUCCUGCGGUGAACAGCCGGAUAGUGCUUUAACGGGUACUUAUCGCGUUGUGGGCGGGGAAGUAACUAGCAAACAUGAAUGGCCAUGGCAGGUGGCAAUAUUAAAAGCAAAAGAGCAGUUUUGUGGGGGAACAUUAAUAGCACCACAAUGGGUGCUUACUGCUGCUCACUGUAUUCGCAAAAAGAAAAGACGUCGGAGAAUAAAAGUUAAAGUAGGAGAACAUGACAUUUACGCAACGGACGAUGGCGAAAUGUUUAUAAAAUUACUUAAGGAUAUUCCACAUCCUAAGUAUGACUAUGAUACUAUAACAAAUGAUAUAGCUCUUUUAAAAUUAGAAAAACCUGUAGCAGCUUCUAAAACCGUGGGGUUUGCUUGUUUACCGGAAGAGACGGAUAAACUUCCGGAAAAACACAUGUGUUAUAUUAUUGGCUGGGGAAAAGAGAAAAAUACGGACGUAUUUGGUUCUACAGUCCUACGGGAGGCACGGGUACCGUUGGUAAACAGAAAGACUUGCCAACGAGCAUUUAACUAUCCAAUUCACGAUACACAAGUGUGUGCCGGAAGUAAAAAUGGAGGUGUUGAUUCUUGCGCUGGUGAUAGUGGAGGGCCUUUACUCUGUCCAAAGACCGGAAAGGAUGGAGUGAAGAGAUGGAUGGUCUAUGGGGUAACCAGCUACGGAGAAGGUUGUGGGGAAAAGAAGAAAUUCGGCAUUUACACUAAAGUCAGAAAAUAUUUAGACUGGAUAAAUGAAGUGAUAUCUAAUAAUUUAUAAUUAGUAUUACGUUUUAAGUACCGAUUACGUAACAAAUUUUCGUUACGAAAUAUUACGAUAAACCAUACCAGGUUUAAUAAGAAUUUAACAGAAUCUUGAUACUCCCUAUCAUAUUCAUGGUUCCCAAGUCGAACCUAUGGCACAUUUCGCCAAUAUUUUUAGUUUGGUAAUAUUAUAGGUAAAACGUUUCAGCCAAUCAGCGACGUUCGCGAACCAAUUAAGCGGUACAAUGUAAUAUAAAAUUGCCGUACGAAUAGCCGCCUUCUGACUAUUUCACUCUUCGUACGGGGUUGCCGUACGAAUAGCCUGAGACACAUCUAAUUAAAAUCGGCCGUGAAAAGCGUGACUGCGUCAUUUUAAAUACCGACGACAAAUUACCAGGAAUAUUCUUAUUUAUUGAGGUAAAAUUCUAAACAUCCGAUUACAGGAAUUAAUCUUUAGUAAUGGCAGUCAUGUAGUAUCGUCUUAAUUCAUUGUGAGUUAGUAUUUUCUAAAAUAUUGUUUAAAUUUUCAAUUCGGCGUUGCGAACAAUGGCAACCAUUGAUUGGCUGAAUCCGUUCUCGGUAGUAAUGACGAGUGCGCAUGCUCACCAGAUAAAUCUGUAUCAGUACAGUGGCAUGUGUAUUUUAUAUCAUACGGAAAGAGUAAACUAUAACGCACAUAACUAUCUUAAUGAAAUAAAAUCAAUUGAGGCUUAUGUGCCAUAGGAUAAUGAAAACGUUUUUGACUGCCAAUUUGUAUGUUCAAAGAAUAAAGAAUUAAAACAUGUGCAAAAUCAUAACAUAUAAUGUAAGAACUGUUUUUGGUAAAAUCAAUGUGUUAUUAAACUUUACAUAAAAAUGACUGUUAUGACUAUUGAUAAAGAACGCGUGUGUAAGAUAUAGAACAUAUGUGUAUUGAGGGAGAGAAAACAAUCUACUAAAAGCAAAACUGGACUGGAAAGAGUAAACGGUCAUUUAAUUAUCGUCAAAAAAAUGUAAUGAAAAGCGAGUAUUUUUCAUGUCCUGACAUUCCGUAUAACAUUAGCAAGUAUAUAUUCAGUCAUCUUUAUAUAUAAAACAUUUGCUUUAAUAGCAUUCGAAUAAUUUCUUAAUAAUCCUAUUGUAUAAAAAAUAAAUACAUAAACAAUAUUAGAUAAAGGGUUAUUUUACUUAAGUAUUAUUACUACAACUCUAAAUGUUGUCAACUACAACAUGAUAAUAGUAAAAACAUCUAUUUACAGGCAAGUCAGUUGUAUUUCGAGUUUGUACGAGUAAUGUAAAAGAAUUCUCAUGCACACCAUACACACAUUCAUUCGUAAUAUAUCUGAACAAUCAAGAUAAUGUAUAUAAAUGUCAGGGUAAAUGUGAUUCUUAUGAGACAGAAUAGGAAAUAUAGCUGAUAGAAGUAGAAAUUAAACGAAUUUUUUAAACUAAAUCAGAAGCCAGACGCCCCCAUCUGCAGUUUGAUAUCACCAAACGGCCAAACAGCGGCCGCAUGGAACAGAACAACGGGUAAUUGUAUUAAAACCGAUAUAACACAAAUCUUUCAUUUUCUUAACUCCUUACAGAGAUGUUAUUACAACACUAAAUAAAAAUCUGCACAUACCUUUCCUGAUAGGAAAUCUCUAUGUACUAAUAAUUGUCCAUAUACAGAAUGUAUGCUAAAUACCAAAUGUCCAAUAGUAAUCUAACAACGUAAAUGACCACCUUUUAACAAUGGGAGAAAACCCUCCCUGAAAAAAAUCUUCCUUUAGAUUAUUUUUCAUCCUGGCCAAAACCUCUCUUGUAAUUUUUGUACAUAGGACAAAAUCUGUCCUUUGGUUAAUUUUCCAUUAUAGAGCAAAUAAUACAUGAAUUUUUUUUACAUAUUUCAGUAUAAACCACUGUCUGUGAACCUGAAAAUAUUGAUAUAACACGUACUGAGUAUUGCUUCAUAGCAUUCUUUAUAAUGUUUUUUAUAGUAUUAAAAACGGGUUUUUAUUUUUUAAGUUUUUUUUUACGAAUCUCAAAUACGUAUCCUUCAUGUAUUUAUUUAUUGUUACAUUACAAUUUUGCUCCGAUUGAUCUAUAAUUAUAUUUGAUUGCGAUAUUCUCUAUUACAAAUUUUAUAAAAUACAUAUGCUUUUAAAAGUUCAGAUAGACUUUUUGCAUGUAAUCGCAUAGAAAUGCAAUAGUUCUGUGAACCGCUAAUAUUUUGAGUCAUUAAUCAGUAAAAUAACUUUGUUGGCCAGUAUUAAAGGCGCAUUUGACAAUUAUUUUCCGGCAUUUUUUUUUUGAAAAUGUCAUUUGUUUUCAGAUGGAAUACUAUCAUAAAAUUUACAUCAUGAAGGCAUACUAAAAAGCCGUUAUUGUCAAAUUUUGAAGGUAGAAAACCCCGUAUAUUCCAUAAUUCUGACAAUUUUAUCCAAAGUUCUAAUCAGAAGUCAUUUUCCUUCAAAGCUAUAAUUGUCUUUUUACGAAUUAAAAGAACGCAUGUGUAAAUUACUAACAUCUAUCUAAAUAUUUUAGUUCACCUAAGCACAAAGUGCUCAAGGCGAUCUUUAGCGAUCGGUCUGUGUUCGUCGUCAGUCGUUGUGCGUUGUCAACAAAGUUUACUGUUAACACUCUAGAUGACACAAUUUUUGGCCAAGUGUUAAUGAAUCUUGGGACGGUCUUUGAAAUCUAGAUCAAUUUUUAAUUGGGUAGUAUGUAAUACCAAAAACUACAUCCCUAGGUAAAAUCAUUGAAACACCUUGUUAACACUUUCCGUUUCAUCUUCAUCAAGCGUACUUUAAGAUUACACGAGGCUGUAAACUACAUGUAGGUCACAAGGUCAGAUAAUAGAAAAACUUUGUUACCUUUAUAGAUGCCACAUUUUCUACUUGAUCAUCAUCUUUGUCACAAAAGUCUUAGCCAAGUUCAAAAUUGGGUAGCCUUCGGUUUAACUUAGUCACUAGGUCAGAUCAUAGUAAAACCAUGUUGACACUUUACAAGCCACAUUUUCUACUUGAUCAUCAUACAUCUUUGUAAGAAUAUUUGUUUCCAUGAAAUCCUGGCCAAGUAUAAAGUGAGUUAACUUUGGACAUUAACAAACUAGGUCACUAGGUCAAAUCAUAAGAAAAAACCAUUUGUUUGUAUGAAAAUUUGGCAAAGUUAAAAAUUGGAUAACCUUAGUUCUGAAACUAAGUCUCUAGAUCAAAUCAUAAAAACAUGUUACUACUCGAGUCCACAUUUUGUACUUUAACAGCAUAAAUAUGCACCAGAAUGUGUGUCUUUGUUAAAUCGGUCAAGUUUGGAACUUAGUUGUCUAGAUCAAAAUUUUUGUUACUACGUAAAAUAAAAAUUUAUAGCUCUGUUAACACUGAAAAGGCCGAAAUUUCUACCUUGUCUUCAUGCGACUUGAUCAGAAUGUUUGUCCAUUCAAAAUCUAGAAAAAAAAUGUAACUGUGCCAAUCGUUUUUGGGUGGAAAUGUUUAUGUAAUCGGGGAAGAUGACAUUAUACUAAGAAACAAUAUUAAGAUAUUGAAAUUUAGGUGAUCGUUCUAAGGAAAUCAUGGUCCUUUUGCUUGUAAAACAUGAUCUUUUCGUGUAAACUUGGGCACUUUUUUACUCAAAAUAGAACUACAUUAUUUUCAGCAAAUCAUUUUGACCUCUUAAUUCUUCCUAUUCUUGGAUUGCAAUCAGUUCUGUCGACAACUUAUAGAAAGUUCAGAAUACAUCGAAAAACUGAUUGAAAAAUAGAGAUUUGUUUGUAUAUUUUGAUAGUUUUGCGUUUGUAAAAAAGGAGCAUGCAAUAAAUUCAAAACGAACAUCAAAGCCUUUAAUUUUUAUUAGUAAUUUGAAAUUCAUUCAUCAAAGUCAGCAAAUGAACAAAAUUUCAGACCAGAAAGAAACUGUCAGAUGUGCCUUUAAGUGUUAUUAUUUAUUGUCUUAAUAACAUACGGUAUAGGGCUCUACUAUCUUGACUCUGGGAAUAUUUAUUUUGUUUGUUUUCUUACGUGUCUUUUAUUCUGAUAAACUCUGAUAAAUAAAUUUGUGUCUACUUGCA